AUGACUGACAGCGAGCGGAUUGUGAAUUCCACCGCAUGGAAGCAGUAUCGGAUCUGGGAUGGCCGAAUAUUCUACCACAACAAGGAGACAAAAGUUAGCUGCUGGAGCAUGCCGCCGGAGCUGCGCAAGCUUCGUGGCGAGAGCACUGGACUUGACGAUCGGCCCUUGCCCGAAACUCGUGCAGAGCAACGUCAAGCCUUCCAGGAGUUCUUGAAGGAACGGCAAGUUGAUGCAACAUGGGACUGGCGACGGGUUCAAGAGUUGGCCCGGGACGCCCCCCAAGCCGAAGGUGUUAGUGAGCCCGUCCAGAAGCAAGUCUUCGCGGAGCUUCUGAGUUUAGCCCUCAAGCGCGGCGAGACGGAGGCGCGGGCGAAAGCACGCAAUGCUGCCGUAGCGCUCGAGCGACUGGUCGAAGAGCGCUUUGCAGAUCCGGAUGCUUUAGGUACCACCUACGAGGAGGCAGCUCGCAUGCUAGGAGACGAGGAGGCAUGGACGCUGAUCAAGUCCGACGUUCGGCGCGACGAGGUUUUCCAAACUGUCAUGGAACGCCUGGAAGAGAAGCACGAAAAGCACCGUGCAGACAAGAGGGCAGAGCGCGUCGUGCGGCUCCAGCGGCUCAUGGCGACGGACCCAGAGCUGCGGAGGCCGCGGAUGCGAUGGAAGGAUGCAACAGCAGUCCUGGCUAGACGUGAUGAGUUACAGGAGGAGGAGCCACCCAUCGAGGCUCUUCGUGUUUGGGCUUCCAUGCGCGAGCUCAGGCAACCAGCCACCAGGGAAGUGGAUCCCAAGAACAAAGCCCAAGCUGACUUCUUCCGCGACGAGCGGAAACGCCGUGAUGCUUUUGUUCUCUCAAUGAAGGAGCUCGCCGCAGCUGAGCGCUUCACCAUGGGGACCAGCUGGGCGCAAUUGGAGGAGAUGCUUCAGGCUUCCGGGGAUCAGCGCAUCGCUGGGCUUCGCGAGGGCGAAGGCGCUGUGGCCAUGGAGCUUUUUGAUGAGUUCGUGGAGGAGCUCAAGCUCAAGGGCGCAGAGGCUUACGCAGGCGUCGAACCCGCACCACCACCACCGGAGCCGAUCGUGGUGGCCCGACUCGUUUUGCAUCUGGGAACGGCAAGAGGGCUCUUGCAUGUUUGUGCUUCAUGUCAUGCAGCUCUACCCAGACUGAACCCCUGCCAUCCAGCAGCCACACCGGGCGAUGUCAAAGCCCAAGUCACUGCAGUUUGGGUUCAAGCCUGUGGGCUGCAGACUUGCACAUCGGCCAUGGGAAACAUGAUGGGAACCUUGGCUGCAGGAGGCUCUUCUUCCGUCUGGCCAUGUAGGCCUAUGUAG